GUCGUCUGCUGGUUGGUGUGAGUGUUUUAUGAAUGAAAGCUGCAAAGUGCAUUCUGCUGGGUGACGAGAAGGGUUUUCGUGUUCCAUCUGUUUGCACUCGGCCGAGGCUGAUUAAAGGAUAGCUGCGAAGUGUAGAGUUGCUACUCGCAGGUCCCGUGUCCGCGAGUGAUAACAAUGAUGGCCACAGCAGGCGGGGAGGCGGUCCAGCUGUCGGGAAAUUGAGGUCACCAACGGGUCAUAGUAGCCAUCGUCAUCGUCAUCGAUUGCUGGUGCUGCUGGUUUUUUGAGGAGAAAGAAAAUCAAAAUCGCUGGCAAAAAUGUUUAACGUGUUUAAGAAGCUGGCCACGAAAAGCGAUGGCCCGGGGGUUGCUGCGGGAGCGUCCCAGGUGCCGGGCUCCGUUGGCCAGCAGAUGUCCGACUCGCUGAAGAAGAAGUUUUCCCGUGGAGUGCAAUACAAUAUGAAAGUGAUCAUCAAGGGCGAUCGGAACGUGGGGAAAUCGUGUCUGCUAGAGCGUUUGCAGGGCAAGGCCUUCUUGGAGCAGUACAAUCCGACGGAACAGAUCCAGGUUGCUUCGAUUCAGUGGAACUUUAAGGCCACGGAUGACAUCGUCAAGGUUGAGGUGUGGGAUGUGGUCGACCGUGGAAAAGCCAAGCAAAAGACUGGAGCGCUCAAGCUCAACACCGAUUCCAUGGCCGAGGACAUUCCGGUGCUGGACGCAGAAUUUCUAGAUGUGUACAAGGGAACGCAUUGCGUCAUCAUGAUGAUGGACAUCACCAAGGCGUGGACGUUCGACUACGUGUGUCGGGAACUGCCGAAGGUUCCUGCGGACAUUCCGGUGCUUCUACUAGGAAAUCACUGCGACAUGGGUCACCAUCGCGUCAUUACCCAGGAUCAGAUCCAGGGCUUCAUCGAAGAGGCCAGUCAAUCGCGGACAGCCGAAAUCGUCUACGGAGACAGUUCCAUGCGGAACGGGUUUGGCCUUCGCCUUCUGCACAAGUUCUUCGGCAUCCCGUUCCUGUAUCUCCAACGAAGCGCCCUGGAAGCAUCCAUCAAAAAGAACGAAAAUGACGCGGACAUUUGUCGGCUGGAGAUAACCGAGUUCCUCAAAUCAACCGAGUCCGACUACUCGCACUUCCUGGAGAAUCUCAUCAGUCGCAAAAAACCCACCCCCUCAUCCUCAUCGGCCCCAGUGACCCCACUGGAAGCGCUUCCCCGGCCCACCAAAAGCAUCAUCCUGGGCGGUGGCCACCCGAUCAUCGUCCCCGACCGGAACAGUCACCUGGCGGUGGCCUCAACUUCCACGGUCAACACUGCCAAGCUGGGUUCGCCGGCACUCAAAGCGGCCGCCAUGGCUCCGCCUCAGGUUUCAGCCGGCGUCGAUGCGCUCCGGAUUCCGAAGAGUGCUACGGUGGGUGCGAUUGCGACGGAAGCUGCUUCCGGAAGUAGUGGGUUUGUAAGUACCGGUGGUCAGCAGCUGCAUGGUUCCCCGGGCGGGAAGGUUGUCAAUGUCGACGAGUUUUGUCCCGAUGGAGGCGUGCUGGAUAAGUCAUUCCUGGACGAUACGAUGGAGCUGGCCGUGGGAGGGCAGGAAAUGGCGGCAGGUGGGCAGGAGUCGGACAGUGACGACGACAGUCAUCACAACCCGCUGGUGUCCCGGUUCGACGACAAUUUCGGUGGCGAUGGAUCGCAACAACCGGCUCCACCACCCCAACAUCUCCCGCUGCGUUCGACCAGCAGUUCCGAAUCGGUGCCAAAGUUCAACCCGUUGCGGCGGCAUGACCUAACGCCGUCACCGAAUCCGGUCGUGGUGGAUCGAGCCUUUUCGCUGUCCAGUAUCGAGCUGGAAAUUGACCAGAUCAAGUCGGACACACCUGGUGGAGGUGGGGGCGAUUCCGGCUCGCUGAAUGAUAGCGAAAGUUGGUCGCUGGACACGAAGGAAAGGCGCUCGCCGGAGGGCGGAGAGGACGUCGGGUCGAACGUGUCCGUGACUUGCUCGAAGAGUAGCAGCGGAAGUGCUAAGAAGAGCAAAGACAAGGACAAGGAACGCAGCAGCAGCAGCAAGCACAAAAAGUCCAAAAAGUCGAGCCGCGAAAAGGACGAGUCGUCGCGCGAGGAACGGAGGAAGAGCAAGCGGAAGAGCCACAGCGUCGUGGACGAUUUUGUGCAGCAGAUGAAAUCGAGCGGCGAUUACGACGGCGGCGGUCCCAUCGACGAUGCUUACGAAGCGAUUUGAGACUUGAAAGAAUUUCCAUCCCAAGUGAAAAAGUGUGUGGCGGUUGGCCGCGGUGCAAAAACUGAGUUUUUUUUUUAUAUUAUACUACAAUGAACUUACUCUACAUUCGUGAAAUACUGGAAUCUUUUAUCUUUAAUAAUACCUCCUUUAGUGAGCAUGAGCAAUGUUAC